AUGAGUUCCCCUGGUGGUGGUUUCUACAAGUAUCGCUGCAAAUACUUUCUCUCUCACGACUGCAAGAACUGGGUGUGGGUGAAUGAUACGCCAUGCUCAACCUGCCUUGCCAUCGGUCGUGAUGACGAGCCUUAUCCAGCUUCGGCCUGGGCAGCGUCGAGAGACAUCAUGGCGCCUCACGUCAGCAAUGGCAUCCUGCAGUACGCCCGACUCGAGAUCGCCGUGUCAGAUCAGGGCGAAGAGAGCCUCAUCCUCCGAUCCAAGGCUCUGCGCCCUCCACCCGCCAUGCCGGUUACGACAAUGAUGCCUAGGGGAAGCUCUCUCAUGGCUAGUGCCCAUUGA